UUGGCGGGCUACCUAGGUAUUAGAAAAUUCUCAACCAUGCCAAAACACUCACAAUGUUUAUUUAUGCUCAUCAUAAAACUUUGGCCAUGAUGAGACACUUUACCAAGAAAAGAGAUAUUGUGCGAUCGGGAGUCACGAGAUUUGCUUCCGCAUUUCUUACUUUGCAAAGUUUGGCCGAUAAAAAGGCCCAACUAAAACAAAUGUUUACAAGCGAUGAAUGGGAAUCAUGUAGACUUAGCAACACCGUUAAAGGGAAAGCCGCAUAAGACACGGUGGUAAAUGCCACAUUUUGGACCAGUGUAGCAUUAUGUUUAAAGGUUUUUGCCCCUUUGGUCAAAGUUCUUCGGAUGGUUGAUGCGGAUCGAAAGCCAUCAAUGGGUUUUGUAUAUGGUGAGAUUCAAAAUGCGAAACAAGAAAUCAUUAAUGCUUUGGGCAACAAUAAAAAAGCGUAUGAGCCUAUUAUGGAUAUCAUUUCGAAAAAGAUGAAAGGAAGACUUGAUACAACGCUACAUUUGACGGCUUACCUUUUAAAUCCAUAUUAUCUUUAUAAGAAUCCGGAGAUCCAAAAUGAUAUUGAUGUGACUGAUGCGAUUGUUGAUUUUGUCGAUACAAUAUAUCCGGGAGAUCAUUCUUUGCAAAACCAUAUCGUGAUGGUUGAGUUGCCGGUUUACAUGGGUAAACAAGAAAAAAUUAGUCGAGAAAUUGCAAUUAAAGGAUGUGAGUUGAACAACGACAAAUUUGAUCCGGCGAAUUGGUGGGUAGCUUAUGGUGCCUCAACUCCACAAUUGAGAAAGAUUGCUACAAGGAUACUUUCUUUAACAACUAGUUCUUCGGGGUGUGAAAGAAAUUGAAGCACUUUUGAAGGGGUACAUACAAAGAAGAGAAAUAGAUUAGAGACGUCAAAAUUGAACAAUCUUGUUUUUGUUCAAUUUAAUGCAAAUUUGAUGGAAAAUAACAAGAAAAGAAAGACUAAGGAUAUGGAAGUACUUUUAGCAAAAUAUGCAAGUGAGGCUCAAGAAUGGAUUGUCGAAAAUGAUGUAUUGUUGGAUGAAGUUGAGUCCAAUGAAGCUAUGGGUGACGAGGAGUUUUUACAAAAUCGUAGAAGUUCUAGAUUAAGAGAACUUGAUGAGGAAGAAUUUGUGUCGGAGGAUGAAGAAGAACUAAAUGAAGAUGUUGAAUAUGAAUCGGAUGAAGUUAACAUCAACGAACAAAUUGGAGCUACAUUGGAAGAGGAAGAUUAAAUGA